AUGUUCUCUCAACUCUUCGUCGCAGUUUAUCUCGCUCUCUUCGCGGGAGCGACCCCAUUGACCGUUCGCAGCCCCCCGAUGACGAUAUCGCUUGCCCGUCAUCUCAAUUCAACCGGGUCCAGGACGGUUCUGGAGCUCGACCAAAUGAGAAUGGAGUUCCUCAAGCAGAGUGCUACACGGAAGGGCCCCAAGUCAGCAUCUUCCGACACCGCCGCUUCCAUCCCGGUUACGAACGGGAUUAUCUCUUAUUUUGCGGAGGUUCAAGUCGGUUAUCCCCCAACUAAUUUCAGCCUUAUUGUGGACACCGGCAGUUCCAACACCUGGGUUGGCGGCAAUCCUGGAAAUCCUUACACGCCGACAUCUACCUCUCACGAUACCGGCAUGGAAGUAUUUGUUGAAUAUGGCACUGGCCUUUUUGAAGGGGAGGAGUUCAUUGACCAAGUGAGCCUUGCCGAAGGCUUGUUGAUCCAAAAUCAAUCUAUCGGUGUUGCCGGGUUUGCCCUGGGCUUCAGCAAUACUACAGACGGCGUUAUGGGUAUUGGGCCAACAGACCUUACCUCGGAUACCAUCGAGAUCGGCGAACUGGUACCUACGCUCUUGGACAAUGCGUUUGCUCAGGGCCUCAUCGACGAAAAGAAGAUAGGCAUUUUCUUGAAGCCGACGAACAACGAGUCAGUUACGACCGGAGAGAUCACCUUCGGUAGCAUCGACCGGAGCAAGUUGACUAGUGAUAUUCACUUUGUAAAUAUUACUUCCACUUUUCCUGCCAACAUGUCCAUUGGUGUCAACCAGUCCAUCGCUUACGGGAACACACCCAUCCUCAAUAAUAGCGCUGGUAUCAUGGACACUGGUACCACCCUCAUCCUUCUAGCCACUGAUGCCUUCAAUAUGUACCAGCAGCUCACGGGUGCGGUGCUCGAUGAGAGCACGGGCCUACUGACCAUCACCCCUGCGCAAUACGACAACUUGCAGAGCUUGUUCUUUACCAUCGGUGGCUGCACCUUCGAGUUUAACUCAAACGCGCAAAUCUGGCCUCGUGGCUUGAACGCCGCCAUUAAUGGCGUCGCGAACAUGAUCUAUCUUGUUAUCGGAGACAGUGGCUCGGGCUCGGGCUCGGAAGGCCUCAGCUUCCUUAACGGCCAAGUCUUUUUGGAGAGGUUCUUCUUAGCCUUCGAUGCCGAGAACUCCCGGGUGGGAUUGGCAACGACACGAUUUACCAAUGCCACCACCAACUGA